AUGUCUUUAUUCAACUCACUUACCUCAAUUUUGAACCAAAACAAGUUUGAAGGACCAAAUUAUGUUGAUUGGAAAAGGAACCUUGAUAUUGUCCUAACUACUGAAGGUUACAAAUUCGUAAUCACAGAGGAAUGCCCAGAAAAACCUAAUGAAGAUGCUACUGAUGAUCAGUCUAUGUGGUCUGCUUAUGACAUGCUCGAAAGUCUCAAAGAGAUGUUUGGUGAGCAAAAUUGUGCGGCUAAGAAGACAACCAUGAAAGCCCUUUUGAACACUAAGAUGGCUGAAGGAUCAUCGAUUAGGGACCAUGUUCUGAAGAUGAUGGGUAUUCUGAAUGAACUGGAGGUCCUUGGAGUUGUGAUUCAUAAUGAAUCUCAAGUUGAGAUGGUCCUGCAGACUCUGCCUGACAGUUUUCAACAAUUUUGCUUGAACUAUAAUAUGAAUAAAAUGGAUUUGUCACUAGCGAAAUUAUUGAAUGAGCUGCAAGCAACAUAA